AUGCCGGACUCGGAACAAUCCUCUCAGCUAGAACCUCGAACCUCCACGGGUCCUGACCCCUACUUGCUCUACCAGAUUGCCGUUUGCUCGCCCGUGUUUCAGUACGAGAUGGCACUGCUUGCCACUGACGAUGAACGCCAGCACUUACAGCGGGCCGCCCAAAGAAUGCUUGGCUGCGAGCCGCCACUCCUCAAGGAGCCUCCUUCCGAGGAACCCGUCAAUAAUACACUGCUGUUGUUGCUGUCCAUUGACAAGUCGCCGCGGUUUGGAAAUGACGACCGGCAAAAGUUUCGUUGGGGUUGCUUCUUGAUGCAGCAAAGAUGCCAAAUUUCCAGCGACGUGUUUAACGCCAUUGCCGGCAUGACGGGGGUGGAGGAGAAGCUUCGAGCGUUUGAGGAAGUCGUUGAAUCAAGCAAAGCCCGGCGUAAGAUUUGGGUGCAACUGUUCUGUGACCUCUGCCACCACCUCCCGAGCCUCAGUGACAAACAGGUGAAAGAAAUUGAUGAAGCGUUGGCUGAGUAUGAGCAAUACCUAUGCUCAUGCCUUGAUUUUUUGGGAGAAAGCUAUUUGCACGACACCGGGAUCGACAUCCCCAUCGUGAUCGGGGAGAAAGCUCGGCUGCUUGUGGUGAGGGCGUUGGCUGUAUAUGGUGUCUUCCCAAUGAACCCCGACGAAGAGGGAAACUGA